AUGUUCCAGUUUGUCACCCCCUCCCCAACCCCCAAAUACCCGAGAAUGUUCCAGGGAGUCACCCCCAUCCCCAACCCCCCGUACCAGAGGGGGGUUCAGGUAGUUUCCACACCCCCAAAAACCCCGUACCAGAGACUGUUCCAGGUUUUGCACCCCCCCUCCCCAACCCCCAGACCCGGGGACUGUUCCAGGUAGUUACCACCCUCCCCCAAACCCCCCGUAACCCGAGACGUUCCCGGGUUGUCAACCCCCCCACCCAAAAACCCCCAAAUACCAGAGAAUGUUUAAAGGUAUUUAAACCCCUCCCCAACCCCCAGUACCCGAGACUGUUCCAGGGGAGUCCCCCACGUCCCAAACCCCCCGUUCCCGAGGGGUUUCCCGGUUUUUUCACCACGGCCCCAACCCCCAGUACCAAAAGACUGUUCCCGGUAGUUUUCCACACCCCCAAAACCCCCAAAUACCAGGAAUGGUUCCCGGUAGGAACCCCCUCCCCAAAAACCCCCGUACCAGAGACUGUUCCAGGGAGUAAACCCCGUCCCCAAAACCCCCGUUUCCAGAGACUUUUCCCGGUAGUUACCCCGUCCCCAAAACCCCCGUACCAGAGACUGUUUCCGGUGUAACCACGUCCCCAACCCCCCCCACCAGAGUGUUCCAGGGGGAGUUACCACACCCCCAACCCCAGUACCAAAAAGGGGCUUUUUCCAGGUAGUCACCCCGUCCCAACCCCCAGUACCCGAGAGUUCCAGGUGUUACCCCGUCCCCAAAAACCCCCGUUUCCAGAAAAGCGUCCCCGGGGAGAACCAAAGUCCCCCCAACCCCCCCAAAACCCGAGGGCUGCCAGGUAGUUACCCCGUCCCCAACCCCCCCGUACCAGGGGACUGUUCCCGGUAGUUUCCCCGGGCCCCAAAACCCCAGUACCAGAGACAGUUCCAGGUAGUCACCCCGUCCCCAACCCCCAGUACCAGAGACUGUUCCAGGUAGUCACCACGUCCCCAACCCCCAGUACCAGAGACUGUUCCAGGUAGUUUCCCCAACCCCCAACCCCCAGUACCAGAGACUGUUCCAGGUAGUCACCACAUCCCCAACCCCCAGUACCAGAGACUGUUCCAGGUAGUUUCCCCAACCCCCAGUACCAGAGACUGUUCCAGGUAGUUACCCCGUCCCCAACCCCCAGUACCAGAGACUGUUCCAGUUAAGGCUCAUUCUCUAUUGUCAUGUUAUUUCUCCAUGUAACGUUCUCAUUCUACUAUUCCUUUCAUUACUUUUCUACAUGUUAAUUUUCCCUCAUAUCCCCCCCCCCCCCUCCUCCUCUCCCACUACCAGUGCCUGCACUAUCGGGUGGUGAACCCCAGUGCCCCCCUCCCCCCCAUGGACCCCUGGCUGACUGCAGCUCUCCAGCGCCCCCUGGCGGUGGCCACCCGCUGUCACAGCCCCCUGGAGACACUGAAGAAGAAGUUCCCUCUGAAGGAGGUGGUCAAGAAGAAGGAAAUGAAGACCAGCAAGGAGCUGUUUGGGAAGAGGUAGGUCUACAGACUAGCUGUUUGGGAACGGGUAGGUCUACAGACUAGCUGUUUGGGAACGGGUAGGUCUACAGACUAGCUGUUUGGGAACGGGUAGGUCUACAGACGAGCUGUUUGGGAACGGGUAGGUCUACAGACUAGCUGUUUGGGAACGGGUAGGUCUACAGACUAGCUGUUUGGGAACGGGUAGGUCUACAGACUAGCUGUUUGGGAACGGGUAGGUCUACAGAUUAGCUGUUUGGGAACGGGUAGGUCUACAGACUAAGCUGUUUUGGGAACGGGUAGGUCUACAGACUAGCUGUUUGGGAACGGUAGGUCUACAGUACUAGCUGUUUGGGAACGGGGUAGGUCUACAUCACUAGCUGUUGGGACGGGUAGGUCACAUCAACUAAGCGUGUUUGGGACGGGGUAGGUCUACAGACUACUGUUUGUGAACGGGUGGGUCUACGCGAGCUGUUUGGGAACGGGUAGGUCUACAUCACUAGCUGUUUGGGAACGGGUAGAGUCUACAUCACUAGCUGUUUGGGAACGGUGUAGGUCUACAUCACGAGCUGUUUUGGGAACGGGUAGGUCACAGACUAGCUGUUUGGGAACGGGUGGGUCUACAGAACGAGCUGUUUGGUAACGGGUAGGUCACAUCACUAGCUGUUUGGGAAACGUGGUAGGUCUACAUCACUAGCUGUUUGGGAACGGGUUAGGUCUACAUCACUACUGUUUGGGAACGGGUAGGGUCUACAGACGAGCUGUUUGGGAACGGGUAGGUCUACAUCACUAGCUGUUUGGGAACGGGUAGGUCUACAGACGAGCUGUUUGGGAACGGGUAGGUCUACAUCACUAGCUGUUUGGGAACGGGUAGGUCUACAUCACUAGCUGUUUGGGAACGGUAGGUCUACAGACUAGCUGUUUGGGAACGGGUAGGUCUACAUCACUAGCUGUUUGGGAACGGGUAGGUCUACAGACUAGCUGUUUGGGAAGAGGUAGGUCUACAGACUAGCUGUUUGGGAACGGGUAGGUCUACAGACUAGCUGUUUGGGAACGGUUAGGUCUACAUACUAGCUGUUUGGGAACGGGUAGGUCUACAAUUAGCUGUUGGGAACGGGUAGGUCUACAGACUAGCUGUUUGGGAACGGGUAGGUCUACAGACUAGCUGUUUGGGAACGGGUAGGUCUACAGACUAGCUGUUUGGGAACGGGUAGGUCUACAGACGAGCUGUUUGGGAACGGGUAGGUCUACAGACUAGCUGUUUGGGAACGGGUAGGUUUACCAACUAGCUGUUUGGGAACGGGUAGGUUUACAGACUAGCUGUUUGGGAACGGGUAGGUUUACAGACUAGCUGUUUGGGAACGGGUAGGUCUGCAGACGAGCUGUUUGGGAACGGGUAGGUCUACAGACUAGCUGUUUGGGAACGGGUAGGUCUACAGACUAGCUUUUUGGGAACGGGUAGGUCUACAGACAAGCUGUUUGGGAAGAGGUGGGUCUACAUCACUAGCUGUUUGGGAACGGGUAGGUCUACAGACUAGCUGUUUGGGAACGGGUAGGUCUACAGACAAGCUGUUUGGGAACGGGUAGGUCUACAGACAAGCUGUUUGGGAACGGGUAGGUCUACAUACUAGCUGUUUGGGAACGGGUUAGGUCUACAGACUAGCUGUUUGGGAACAGGUGGGUCUACAGACGAAGCUGUUUGGGAACGGGUAGGUCUACAUCACUAGCUGUUUGGGAACGGGUAGGUCUACACCUAGCUGUUUGGGAACGGGUAGGUCUGCAUCACUAGCUGUUUUUGGGAACGGGUAGGUCUACAGACGAGCCAUGUUUGUGGGAAACGGUAGGUCCUACAUCACUAGCUGUUUGGGAACGGUGUAGGUCUACAGACGAGCUGUUUGGGAACGGGUAGGUCUACAUCACUAGCUGUUUGGGAACGGGUAGGUCUACAUCACUAGCUGUUUGGGAAACGGGUAGGUCUACCAACUAGCUGUUUGGGGAACGGGUAGGUCUACAUCACUAGCUGUUUGGGAAGAGGUAGGUCUACAGACUAGCUGUUUGGGAAGAGGUAGGUCUACAGACGAGCUGUUUUAGGAACGGGUUAGGUCUACAUCACUAGCUGUUUGGGAACGGGUAGGUCUACAUCACUAGCUGUUUGGGAACGGGUAGGUCUACAUCACUAGCUGUUUGGGAACGGGUAGGUCUACAGACUAGCUGUUUGGGAAGAGGUAGGUCUACAGACGAGCUGUUUGGGAAUGGGUAGGUCUACAGACAAGCUGUUUGGGAACGGGUAGGUCUACAGACAAGCUGUUUGGGAACGGGUAGGUCUACAGACUAGCUGUUUGGGAACGGGUAGGUCUACAGACUAGCUGUUUGGGAACGGGUAGGUCUACAUCACUAGCUGUUUGGGAACGGGUAGGUCUACAGACUAGCUGUUUGGGAAGAGGUAGGUCUACAGACUAGCUGUUUGGGAAGAGGUAGGUCUACAGACGAGCUGUUUAGGAACGGGUAGGUCUACAUCACUAGCUGUUUGGGAACGGGUAGGUCUACAUCACUAGCUGUUUGGGAACGGGUAGGUCUACAUCACUAGCUGUUUGGGAACGGGUAGGUCUACAGACUAGCUGUUUGGGAAGAGGUAGGUCUACAGACGAGCUGUUUGGGAACGGGUAGGUCUACAGACAAGCUGUUUGGGAACGGGUAGGUCUACAGACAGCUGUUUGGGAACGGGUAGGUCUACAGACUAGCUGUUUGGGAACGGGUAGGUCUACAGACGAGCUGUUUGGGAACGGGUAGGUCUACAUCACUAGCUGUUUGGGAACGGGUAGGUCUACAUCACUAGCUGUUUGGGAACGGGUAGGUCUACAUACUAGCUGUUUGGGAACGGGUAGGUCUACAUACUAGCUGUUUGGGAAGGGUAGGUCUACAGACAGCUGUUUGGGAACGGGUAGGUAGCUACAUCACUAGCUGUUUGGGAACGGGUAGGUCUACAGACUAGCUGUUUGGGAACGGGUAGGUCUACAGACUAGCUGUUUGGGAAUGGGUAGGUCUACAUCACUAGCUGUUUGGGAACAGGUAGGUCUACAGACUAGCUGUUUGGGAACGGGUAGGUCUACAUCACUAGCUGUUUGGGAACGGGUAGGUCUACAGACUAGCUGUUUGGGAACGGGUAGGUCUACAGACUAGCUGUUUGGGAAUGGGUAGGUCUACAUCACUAGCUGUUUGGGAACAGGUAGGUCUACAUCACUAGCUGUUUGGGAACGGGUAGGUCUACUUAACUAGCUGUUUGGGAACGGGUAGGUCUACAGACGAGCUGUUUGGGAACGGGUAGGUCUACAUCACUAGCUGUUUGGGAACGGGUAGGUCUACAUCACUAGCUGUUUGGGAACGGUUAGGUCUACAGACGAGCUGUUUGGGAACGGGUAGGUCUACAUCACUAGCUGUUUGGGAACGGGUAGGUCUACAUACUAGCUGUUUGGGAACGGUUAGGUCUACAGACGAGCUGUUUGGGAACGGGUAGGUCUACAGACGAGCUGUUUGGGAACGGGUAGGUCUACAUCACUAGCUGUUUGGGAACGGGUAGGUCUACACACUAGCUGUUUGGGAACGGGUAGGUCUUACAGACGAGCUGUUUGGGAACGGGUAGGUCUACAGACGAGCUGUUUGGGAACGAGUUAAGAAUGUGGGAUAAAAUCUACAGCUACUGUUUGACACGGCUCAGUUACAUGCUUGUUUCAGAAGAGAGAGGCUAAGAAGUAGUUUGAACCUUUCUACCACAGUGGACUGAAAACAUUAUGUUGAUAUAUGGCUGACAACUUUAACGUGUGUGUCUAGACACUCCAUGGGAGUAUCUCAGUAUGUGGGCAAACAGGUGUCCACCUUGAACGGUCUGGUCCUCCUGCUUUAAACGAAAGUGGUCACCAAUGGAGUCGUUUGUUAUAAAUGGGGAGGUCUCACAUCUGUGUUUGGGUAACGGGAGUUAUACCAACCCAGCAGCUCCGUUUGGGAAACGGCUAUCUUUUCAUCACUAGCUACUGUUUGGGAACGGUAGGUCUACAGACGAGCUGUUUGGGAACGGGGUAGGUCUACAUCACUAGCUGUUUGGGAACGGGUAGGUCUACAUCACUAGCUGUUUGGGAACGGGUAGGUCUACAGACUAGCUGUUUGGGAACGGGUAGGUCUACAUCACUAGCUGUUUGGGAACGGGUAGGUCUACAGACUAGCUGUUUGGGAAGAGGUAGGUCUACAGACUAGCUGUUUGGGAGAUGGUAGGUCUACAGACGAGCUGUUUAGGAACGGGUAGGUCUACACACUAGCUGUUUGGGAACGGGUAGGUCUACAUCACUAGCUGUUUGGGAACGGGUAGGUCUACAUCACUAGCUGUUUGGGAACGGGUAGGUCUACAUCACUAGCUGUUUGGGAACGGGUAGGUCUACAGACUAGCUGUUUGGGAAGAGGUAGGUCUACAGACGAGCUGUUUGGGAACGGGUAGGUCUACAUCACUAGCUGUUUGGGAACGGGUAGGUCUACAUCACUAGCUGUUUGGGAACGGGUAGGUCUACAGACUAGCUGUUUGGGAACGGGUAGGUCUACAUCACUAGCUGUUUGGGAACGGGUAGGUCUACAGACUAGCUGUUUGGGAAGAGGUAGGUCUACAGACGAGCUGUUUGGGAACGGGUAGGUCUACAUCACUAGCUGUUUGGGAACGGGUAGGUCUACAGACUAGCUGUUUGGGAACGGGUAGGUCUACAGACUAGCUGUUUGGAUGGGUAGGUCUACAUCACUACUGUUGGGAAGGUAGGUCUACAUCACUAGCUGUUUGGGAACGGUAGUCUACUUAACUAGCUGUUUGGGACGGGUAGGUCUACAGACGAGCUGUUGGGAACGGGUAGGUCUACAUCACUAGCUGUUUGGGAACGGGUAGGUCUACAUCACUAGCUGUUUGGGAACGGUUAGGUCUACAGACGAGCUGUUUGGGAACGGGUAGGUCUACAUCACUAGCUGUUUGGGAACGGGUAGGUCUACAUCACUAGCUGUUUGGGAACGGUUAGGUCUACAGACGAGCUGUUUGGGAACGGGUAGGUCUACAGACGAGCUGUUUGGGAACGGGUAGGUCUACAUCACUAGCUGUUUGGGAACGGGUAGGUCUACAUCACUAGCUGUUUGGGAACGGGUAGGUCUACAGACGAGCUGUUUGGGAACGGGUAGGUCUACAGACGAGCUGUUUGGGAACGAGUAGGAAUGGGAUUAAAAUCUCAUAGCUACUAGUUUGUCACCUCAUUUAUGCUUUGUUUCAGAUAGAGAGAGGAAAGAAGUAGUUUAGAACCUUUCUUUACCACAGGGCUGAAAACAUUAUGUUGAUAAUAUGGAUGACAAUUUCCAGUUGUGUAGAACACUCCAUGGGAGAUUCAGUAUUGGGCAAAAGUCUGUCCUCCUUAACGAGUCUGUCCUCCGUUGUCCUUAAACCGAUAAGUGGUCACCAAAUGGGAGUCCGUUUGUUAAUAGAAUGGAGGAGUUUGGUCUCACCAAUCGCCUCCGGGUGUAUCCUCCCGGCAGCUAACGCGGAAAUGUUUAUAAAAUCCGCCACACCCCCUUAGAAAAGCAUGCUCACGUUUAAAAACCAUACGCUACUUUUAUAUAGAAAAUGGCUAACACAACUAGCUACUUUUAUUUGUACGUCUUUACACAUGUAUUUUAGGAUUCCUCCUCUGUAAACGUCGUUUGCCCCGUGACGCGUUAGUGGAGGAGGAGUCUGGAUUCAUACAAGCCCAUUUGUUUCUUCUCCUCGGUUACCUUUGACCUUUUUCAAAAGGUGUAGAGGACGGAGGGCGCGAGGAGUCAAGCAAAACCAGUUGAGAAUAUCCCCAUAUAACUGACCCUCUUCAUCCUCUGCAGCACUGACGAGCCUGAUGCCAAGAAGGCCAAAGUGGACGAGGAGGAAGACUUUAACCUGGCUGACAUCACAGAGGGAAACAUCACACAGGUGAGAGAAGGCCAGAGGACUUAACAUGGGAUCUGGUAUUAUUGAAAUUCCCUGAGAAGUACACUAUCACUAUAUAUAAACAUAUACAUACAUAGUCGCUUGCAAAAGUAUUCACCCCCCUUGGCAUUUUUCCAAUUUUGUUGCCUUACAACCUGGAAUUAAAAUGGAUUUUUUGGGGGUUUGUAUGAUUUGAUUUACACAACAUGCCUACCACUUUGAAGAUGCAAAAUAUAUUUUCUUGUGAAACAAACAAGAAAUAAGAUAAACAAACAGAGAAGUUGAGCGUAACUAUGGUGCCCCUUGCUUAGUGGUGUUGCAGACUCUGGGGCCUUUCAGAACUGGUAUAUGUAUACUGAGAUCAUGUGACAGAUCAAGUGACACUUAGAUUGCACACAGUUGGACUUUAUUUAACUAAUUAUGUGACUUCUGAAGGUAAUUGGUUGCACCAGAUCUUAUUUAGGGGCUUCAUAGCAAAGGGGGUGAAUACAUAUGCACGCAACACUUUUCCGUUAUUUAUUUUUUUGAAACAAGUAAUUUUUUUCAUUUCACUUCACCAAUUUUGACUAUUUUGUGUAGUCAAAAUUGGUGAAGUGAAAUGAAAAAAAUAACUUGAAAUCCAAAUAUUUACCUGUGUUCCUCUACCAGGUGGGCAGUGUAGAUCCAGCACGGGAUUUCCGCACUCUGAUUCGCCAGAAGCGUCUUCCGUUUGGAGAGGGUGAGAUGAUGAUUGGCUGGUUCUACUCUCUCCUUCUCUGACAUGUCUCACGGCCCACAGUCUUAGCCUUGUCCCAGAUCUGCUUGUACGGUCUUGACAGCUCUUAUGGUCAUUGGCAAGAUGGCACAAACGGAUCUGGGACAUGAGGGGUAUCCUACGAAUCAGGUUUGAGGAGUUAGCGAGGUAACUUUGUUCAACUCGGGAUAACCAGUCAUACGAAUGUGACUCACCUUUUAGUCAGGUACAUUUCUAUGGCAACGAAUCCUUCAGAACUAACCUGCUCCGGGGCAGGCUAACUCAGGGCUAACUACAUUUAUCCUGAAUGAAGUGUCUGAGCCAUGAGUUGAGGACCAAUGAAAUCAGAUUUCUUCCCUCUCACAAAGAUUGCGUCAUCAUCCCCUUCAUUUGAGAAAGAAACUUUUUUUUGUUAAAAUACAUAUCACAUUAUUUAGCAAUGACAUUUUACAUUUAAUGACAGAACACAUUUGAAACUUAACACACAGUAAAACUUUUGUAUGAUCAAUACAAUUAUGAUAAAUACAGUGGGGGGAAAAAAGUAUUUAGUCAGCCACCAAUUGUGCAAGUUCUCCCACUUAAAAAGAUGAGAGAGGCCUGUAAUUUUCAUCAUAGGUACACGUCAACUAUGACAGACAAAAUGAGAAUUUUUUUCCCAGAAAAUCACAUUGUAGGAUUUUUAAUGAAUUUAUUUGCAAAUUAUGGUGGAAAAUAAGUAUUUGGUCAAUAACAAAAGUUUCUCAAUACUUUGUUAUAUACCCUUUGUUGGCAAUGACACAGGUCAAACGUUUUCUGUAAGUCUUCACAAGGUUUUCACACACUGUUGCUGGUAUUUUGGCCCAUUCCUCCAUGCAGAUCUCCUCUAGAGCAGUGAUGUUUUGAGGCUGUCGCUGGGCAACAUGGACUUUCAACUCCCUCCAAAGAUUUUCUAUGGGGUUGAGAUCUGGAGACUGGCUAGGCCACUCCAGGACCUUGAAAUGCUUCUUACGAAGCCACUCCUUCGUUGCCCGUGCGGUGUGUUUGGGAUCAUUGUCAUGCUGAAAGACCCAGCCACGUUUCAUCUUCAAUGCCCUUGCUGAUGGAAGGAGGUUUUCACUCAAAAUCUCUCGAUACAUGGCCCCAUUCAUUCUUUCCUUUACACGGAUCAGUCGUCCUGGUCCCUUUGCAGAAAAACAGCCCCAAAGCAUGAUGUUUCCACCCCCAUGCUUCACAGUAGGUAUGGUGUUCUUUGGAUGCAACUCAGCAUUCUUUGUCCUCCAAACACGACGAGUUGAGUUUUUACCAAAAAGUUCUAUUUUGGUUUCAUCUGACCAUAUGACAUUCUCCCAAUCCUCUUCUGGAUCAUCCAAAUGCACUCUAGCAAACUUCAGAUGGGCCUGGACAUGUACUGGCUUAAGCAGGGGGACACGUCUGGCACUGCAGGAUUUGAGUCCCUGGCGGCGUAGUGUGUUACUGAUGGUAGGCUUUGUUACUUUGGUCCCAGCUCUCUGCAGGUCAUUCACUAGGUCCCCCCGUGUGGUUCUGGGAUUUUUGCUCACCGUUCUUGUGAUCAUUUUGACCCCACGGGGUGAGAUCUUGCGUGGAGCCCCAGAUCGAGGGAGAUUAUCAGUGGUCUUGUAUGUCUUCCAUUUCCUAAUAAUUGCUCCCACAGUUGAUUUCUUCAAACCAGCUGCUUACCUAUUGCAGAUUCAGUCUUUCCAGCCUGGUGCAGGUCUACAAUUUUGUUUCUGGUGUCCUUUGACAGCUCUUUGGUCUUGGCCAUAGUGGAGUUUGGAGUGUGACUGUUUGAGGUUGUGGACAGGUGUCUUUUAUACUGAUAACAAGUUCAAACAGGUGCCAUUAAUACAGGUAACGAGUGGAGGACAGAGGAGCCUCUUAAAGAAGAAGUUACAGGUCUGUGAGAGCCAGAAAUCUUGGUUGUUUGUAGGUGACCAAAUACUUAUUUUCCACCAUAAUUUGCAAAUAAAUUCAUAAAAAAUCCUACAAUGUGAUUUUCUGGAUUUUUUUCUCUCAUUUUGUCUGUCAUAGUUGACGUGUACCUAUGAUGAAAAUUACAGGCCUCUCAUCUUUUUAAGUGGGAGAACUUGCACAAUUGGUGGCUGACUAAAUACUUUUUUCCCCCACUGUAUUUUAUGGAUGUGAGUGGGAAAAAGGUCCUCCUGCAUUGAUCAGCACACGAAAGACAUCAUUAAGGAGAAGUAAUACGGUAAAGGUGCCACUUCUAAAAUACUAUUUCACACCGUAGCCUGCUGAUAUUUUUUCCUUCAUUUUGAUUUCGGCACAAAUGAAGAUGUUGCACUGGCAUGGAUUGAUGUUUCAGCAUUGUCUCAAUGAAGAGUUAGGUGUUAGACUAGACAUGUGACAUGCAUGCACAGUUACAAGCCUGCUAGAUCUAGCUUGCUUGGUAGGAGACCCCUCUGGCUAGUGUUUGACCUGUCAUGACCCCGUCCUGACCCCGUCAUGACCCCAUGUCUGAAUGUGUCCUCCACAGUGUGUCAACAGCUGACUGGUAGGAUAGAGCAGUUGCUUGGCAACAAGAACAUGAUCUACUACAUGAAGUGCAUCCCCUGUAUCCAGACCUUCAGAGAGCAGUCUGUUCAGGUGACCGUCCAAUAUAACACCAAUCUGGGUUUACAUGUCAGUUACAGUGUAUGUUUAACUACUUGAAUAAGUUGCUGAUCUCCUAUUGUAACUCCCUCUCCUGUAGGUUGGUAAUGCUGAUCACUACAACAGCUACAUCCAGUCUCUGAAGAAGAGUAUUCCUGUUAGAGGCCUUCAGGAGUUCUGGGAUAUGCUAGUCCAAGGUACGAUAGCAGGCCUUAUCUUAACUCUCUUUAUUAAAGCAGCAUUUUGUGAGCAGCUUAUUCAUUGUGGUGUUGAUUAACAGAUACCUUGACUCUCAUCAACAAGGAGGAAGUUGAAGGAAGCACGUUCUCCAUUCACGAUGCCAAGCAGGUAUAG